GCGAAUCUCACGAUCAGAAAGGUGGGCAGGCGUUCCUGCGUCCCUCUUCAUGCAUUGAGUGGCUGGAUCUCAGCCUCUCACUGGAUGGGUCGUCCGUAGCCUACGAAGAACUGGCUUACUGUGCUUGAGGUCCACGUUACUGGACUGAAAAUGGCCAUCGUUAUGUUGAGCUACUUCGGAUAAAUGAGAGUGCAUGACAGAGAUCCCACAGCUGGAGUGAAAAAAAAGCAAAUAGGAAGAUAAGCGACCUUAACUUCUGUGCUGUUAUAUCUUGUCAAUUAGGAAGAAUUAUGUUUUGCUACAGACACAUACCCUUGGAACUAAAAUCGCAUUGAAUGCAUCCGAUUUGUCUGCGGAGGACGUCAUUUAGAUCGUAAUGGAUACAAAUGGGCUCAAUGUGUUAAAACUUUUUGUUGUUGGGAUCUUUGUGAACAACUUAAUGACAAGUGGAUUGUCAGCAACAGAGAAUGUAAACAUGAAGGCAUCUGUGAAGCCCAGUGUGGAUUUAUGCAAUGAAACGACCCUGCUGCUGGAGAUGGAGAAAUGUGGGGAGAUGUUUAAACAUGACAUGAAGCUAGUAGAUCCUCAGAACUGGUGUAACUUAACAUAUUUCAUCAGGGAGUACAACUUCUUCUCGACAUGCACAGAGGAAAGCGCUGGGCACAUAGGCUGCUACUGGCCCAACCCUCUGGUCGAGAGCUACAUCAUCCGAAUCCACAAACACUUCUUCUCCAAUUGCACCCUGGACCGCGUCAUCUGGGUGGACCCACCGGACGACACCCUCACCAUCCUCAUCCUCAUCCCAGUCUUCCUCACCCUGGCCAUGAUAGCGCUGGUCGUGUGGUGUAGCAAGCGCAGCGACAUCCUGGCCUAGCCUCUCAUGCUCACCCUGUGCGGGGUCCAGCCCCCAGCCCCCCUCCGCUCCGUACCCGGAGGUGAUGUCACAGUGCGGAGCAGCUCAUCACGUCAUCUGUUCCAAUGCAUUCCAUGACGGGGUAGAUGAAAGGAACCAAAAUUUGUAUUCCCCCCCCUGAAAACUUAACAACAAGAACAACUUAAGAGCAACAGCAUUCCAAUUGCCUGGUUGGAGACCAAAUUGAGACCUUUGAGCAUAUCCUGAGACAAAAAGGCAAAGAGAGGACUACAUAUCCACGCGUUUGUGUGGACUGAGGUUGGACGUUGGAAACUUCCAAAAGUAAACUUAUCAUUGCAUUAAUUGUGUCGGUUGUUGAAUAGACUGAACAGCCGAAUAGAUGAUUUCAGAGGGACAAAUGAGACUGUGAGGUCAGUGAGACCUGAAACAGACAGUGCCAUCUACUGUAAUGCACGCCAGUUUGUUCACCAGCUGGGUGCUGCCGUCAGGAGGGAGCAGCUCCAUCAUACUUUGUCAUCUGAACAAGAUAGGCUAGCACAGUGUUCUCACUGUGACCAGAUUACUGCAUAUUCUUUGUGGGGCCUUCUGCAACAAAACGCGCAUGGAGUUACUGUGUUUGGUGUUGUGUCAAGGCUUCUUUGAGACCCUACUGUAAGUGGACGUUUGUCACUGAUUGCACUGCAUAUUUUGUGAAAACUCUGCAGGAGUUCUCUUGAAGCUAAUUGUAAUUUAAUGAUGUGCUUAAUCCUUGGGGUGGAGCCUUUUGGACCAAUUUUGGAGAGUGUGGUGUACCACCAGAUGCUGACUUUCGGUAAUAAAUAAUCAUUGAAUCAUGUACUGUACCACUAUUUAAUGUUUAAUUAAAUUAGUCUUAGAA